UCAUCUCUGAGCAGUGAAAAGAUAACAAACUUAUCAAUGAAUUCAAUUCCUCCCGAACGAAUUUUUGACAUCAAAAUGAAGAUAACCGACGCAUGGCCGGUCCAAACACGUCUGAAUCUAAUGCAAAAUAAUAUGAAGGAAUUACAAACUGAGUCUGCGGGAAUUGUCGAACAUGAGAAAAUGUUUGCUGAGAGAAGGAAGCAGCUGCAGCAGGGCUGUGACAAGUACCGCAACCAGGCGUCUUAUGGCGGCGUUCAAGAAGCUAUCAUACGAGUAACUCAGAUGCGUUGGAUCAACCGGGAAAACCUCAUAGUGUGCUUGCUUGCCAAGGUUGGCUCGUCCUCGUGGUGCCAUUACCUUCUGAGUCAUCACUAUAACGGAACGUAUCCAAGUCAAAUACGAAAAAACUCUCACGCACUUGCACGUGAUGUGUUGGUUCCGCAGCCUGGCCUCACAGGUGAAGAAAUGUUGCAACAACUCACCAGCUUUACGAAGGUCCUUACUGUUCGUCAUCCUUUUGCGCGGCUGGUGUCUGCCUUCCAAAGUAAAGUGGUGGCUUGGGCUGAGAGUGAAGAAAUGUUGCAACAACUCACCAGCUUUACGAAGAUCCUUACUGUUCGUCAUCCUUUUGCGCGGCUGGUGUCUGCCUUCCAAAGUAAGGUGGUGGCUUGGGCUGAGAGGAAAAGGAACAAACUUCCGUUGCCGCCGAAGCCACUUUUCAAGGACUUUGCGGAGUACCUGAUAGAAACUGCAAAGGUCCCUAUCAUGGCUGUCCCUGAAGCGUACGAUUCGUUCAACAACCACUGGCGACCGUUCUUCCUUGUAUGCGGUGUGUGUGACUUGAGCUACGAAUACAUCGUCAAAAUGGAAACUUGGAGCGAUGACCUAAGGUACCUGCUGCCCAAAUUUCACAUCGAAUUCGAGGACCAGUCGUACGGCGAUAUUUUGAACUCGACCGCUAUAUACUUCGAAUACUUCAAGACGCUGCCAGAGUCGCUCAUCCUACAACUCUACGAGAUCUACAAGAUUGACUUCGAAUUAUUCGGAUAUUCAAUGGAUGGAUAUUUGUAAUAAUAUGUAAAGUUUGAUAUUGGCAUUUGAUACACAUUUUAUUAUGUUAGCAAUGAUAAGCAUUUGAUGAAUUUGCAAUGAUUGGCAUGUGAAAACAUUUACAAUGAUAUCGCUUUUAUUAUAUAUGAGAAGAUUUAGACUUGGUAAUAUUCUUAAUGAUAUGCAUCGGAUAAUAUUUGCUAUGAUUGGAGUUUGAUGAUAUACUCUUUAAAUACAUGGAGGUAAUCCAAUAAAAUUUUCAUAAAUUGGAC